AUGUCUUCAAUCGUACGACCCCCAGAUCCGUGCCUCGUUGCAAUAAUCCUUAUAAUCCAAUCUCGCGCUGGCCCGCGUUUUGUCUAUCACUAUCCUCCCAACCCAUCCACCAUCAUAAGCAAUAAAUCCCGUCGCAAUUCGCGUCGGAAAAGUGGUGCUAGAAACUCCGAAUCUAGCCUGUCCAGUGAUGAUGAUCGGUCAAGCUCAGACGAUGAUGAAUGUGGCCAUUCGUCGGCUUCCUGUCGGGGUGCCAACGAGCACAGUGGGAGGAGCUGGCUUAGCGAGCAAUUGAGUGAUAAAGUACCUCACCCAUCUUCGAGAGGGCAUACUUCGUCCACUUCCCUACAGUUCAAGCGAAGAAGCGCAACCCCUGAUUCUAAGCCGGAUAAUCAGUCAGAUGCUGGAAGAAAUGAGGUUCUAGGGGAUCUCUAUCGCCCGCCAUGGGAAUCUUUACUCGGACUGCCAACCAAUGUGUGGGAGAAAUUGCUAAGUCCGUCGCCCGCCUGGCAUAAGCGACGAUUUGAAGUGGGUGUUAAUGACCUUGUGUUUGUGGGAUGGCCCGUGUUUGUGAAAGACGAUGGGACUUGGCGGAAAUGGAAGCGGAAGAAGAAAGUUAGAACACAGCAAGAAGAGAACGGGGAGCCAGGAGUUGAUGACAAAGAGAGGGGUGAUCUGAGAAAUAAUGACAUGUCUUCAAAACAGGCGUCGGAGACUGAAGGCGACAAUUGCCCUGUCCCUGAACUAAAAAAAAUUGUUGAGGAUGACGUACUUCCUGGGUCGCCAGAAACUGAUAAGGAUUCGAUGACAAUGUUCAACGUAGUUUUCGUAUUGAAUCCACCUUUGCUAGAAUACGGCUUGCGAGUACGGGAGAAGUAUGAGAAUGUGAUCAAGAAGUUUGGCAAAGGGUUGAAGUCGGAGCAGGCAAGGGUAGACUACGUUUGGAAAGAGGCUCAAACGAUUGUCAACAUCAGGGAGAAGGCAAAGGAAAACAACAUUGAGGAGUCAAUAGGACCUUUGGGCGCUCGACUUGCACAUUACAUUCGCGUCUCAAAGCCCACAAAAUCAUUUGCCCAAAUCUCUGCCCUAUCCGGAAUCCCUCUGAGUGACAUCCAGGUGCUUGCCAGCCAUCUCGUCUACUGGCGGAGAGCCAGAGCCGUUCCCCCGCUCAGUCAACGGGAUACGUAUAUCGUUUCCCCCAAUGCUGACAUGAGCAAGCUUGCGCAGGCAGCUGAGGUUUACGAAGCUGCAUUCCCAACACUUCCCAGUCUUCCUAAGAUGCUUCACGCACUGAGCGACACACCUAAACCAUACUCUAGAUUGAUACCUAGCAGGGAUCACAAGGACACUUAUUAUGCGAUUCUGGCGUGGUUACUGAGAGGGGGUUGGGUGACCCAACUGCGAACAUUUGGGUGGGUCAGAGUGGAUCCGGAGAUCAAACGGGCAGUGGAUGAGGCGUUAGAAAGGGAGAAAAAGGAGAAAGAGAUUGAAGAGAGAAGGAGUGGAGCAUCUCCCACCAAAGAAGAUUCUAAAUCCGAGGGGCACUAUAGUAAGCACGUUGACGACGAUCAUGACGACAAUGAUGAUUCAAAAUCCUCAUCUUCUUCAUCUCUUGAGAGCGAAGUUAGCGGCGAAACCACUCCUGUUCCAACCAGGUUUCUUCAUCAUCAAUACCGCCACGAGGAGAAUAUUCAAGCUGAAAAACAAAAAAUACGGCCGCCCACUUCUUCUCUUAUCUUGCGACCUCACCGCGCCUCAUCGCUAGAAUCCCAUUGGCUAGAUGAAAUUCUCUCACGAUUCUCCGAACCCUACGAGCAUGCAAACAUGGACAACUCCAAUCACACUCCAUCCCCAGAAGAUAGCAUCGAUGUGGAUACUUCGCUCCAAAAGCAUUGGCCGCUUUUCACUAAAUAUCUCAACGGCACAGAUGCACUGGAAAAAAUCCCGGUGCGCGAAGGUUUGAAUCGGAAGGUCCACGUCGCCGUCCGGGAGUGGAGAGAAUGGUUCUUCUUCAUCAAAGGAAAAAGUGUUGGUAACUGUGAGACAUUGGUGAUAUAA